AACCAUUUUGGCAUUUCUCAUUCUCUCAACACAGCGCGCGCGCCAGAGAGAGAGAGAGAGAGAGCGAGGGGAGAGAGACAAACAAUACACCAAAAAUCCCUUCAUUUUCUUUUCUUCUUCCUCCUUUCUUUCCAUAGUUUGUCUCUCGUUACCCUAGAUUCGUUAUUUCUCUCGCAAUUUCAGCCCCUGCUCCUCCUUGUUCGGUCGCUUCGGGGUUGCAGCUUGUUCGAAUAUAUUUGCUAGGAUAAAUUCAUUGAAGAGCCUUUGUGGUUUGUAGCUCAUUUAAUAUAGCUCUCGCCACGACUUUGCCUGAUAUUGAACUAUGUUCUGCUGUGGGGAUGGGGAAGAGGAACAUGAUGGGCCGCCAGUGAACCAGUAUACGGCUCCGCCUAGAGGAGGGAAUGCUUAUGGUGGUGGUGGAAGCGGAAGAGGAGAACCAAGAAGUGCCGCUGCUGUAAGAAGUGGAGCUCCUAACAAAGUUUUGCCUAUUGAGAUACCAGCGGUACCAUUGGCUGAGUUAAACAGGUUGACCAGUAACUUCGGGUCAAAAGCUCUAAUUGGGGAAGGUUCAUAUGGUCGGGUGUUCUCUGCAAAAUUAAACGAUGGUGAGCCUGCAGCAAUAAAGAAGUUGGACUCCAGUUCUCCAACAGAGCCAGAUAAUGAUUUUGCUGCUCAGUUAUCAUUAGUGUCAAGACUUAAACAUGAGAACUUUCUGGAGUUGAAAGGGUAUUGCUUGGAGGCAGAUAAUCGAAUUUUGGUGUAUGAAUAUGCAACAAUGGGUUCUUUACAUGAUAUAUUACAUGGGCGGAAAGGCGUGCAAGGCGCAGAACCAGGUCCAGCCCUUACUUGGAAUCAGAGAGUUAAAAUUGCUUUCGGUGCAGCAAAGGGCCUCGAGUAUCUACAUGAAAAGGUUCAGCCUCCUAUUGUUCACCGUGACAUCCGAUCUAGCAACGUACUACUGUUCGAUGAUUUUUUGGCCAAAAUAGCUGAUUUCAACUUGACAAAUCAGUCUUCUGAUACAGCCGCUCGGCUACAUUCCACAAGAGUCUUGGGGACUUUUGGUUAUCAUGCACCAGAGUAUGCCAUGACAGGGCAGAUAACUCAGAAAAGUGAUGUAUACAGUUUUGGAGUUGUCCUGCUAGAGCUUUUAACAGGGAGGAAACCUGUGGAUCAUACAAUGCCGAAAGGACAGCAAAGUCUUGUCACCUGGGCCACUCCCAGACUGAGCGAGGAUAAAGUGAAACAGUGUGUGGAUCCAAAGCUAAACAAUGAUUACCCACCAAAAGCAAUAGCUAAGAUGGCAGCAGUUGCAGCACUUUGUGUUCAGUACGAAGCAGACUUCCGGCCAAACAUGACAAUUGUCGUCAAGGCUCUCCAACCGCUUCUUAACUCAAAACCUGCUGGCCCAGAAGCUCCUGCAUAGUAGUAGUAUCUAUAUGCACUCAGAAGUAGUAGGACCACAUUUGUGUAUCUUCAAGGUUGCUCUUCACCAUGAUGCCAGUCUUGUCUAAAUUUUCUACUUGCAUCAAUGGAGGGCUUUUGUGAUCCUUUAGGAGGCAGUGUUCCUGGAAUCCCGGCAAUGUUCGUGAAAGUAAUACGAUUUUAACCUAUGGCUUUGAAUAUUUUCAUGUAUUGAUCUUAAAAGCAAGUCAUUUUCCUUUUUUCUUCCAA